GACAACAUUGCGAUGGCUGCAUCCUCCCUGGCUUGGGUGUCCCAGCAGGCCCUUUGUCAAGAUUCUCCUGCUCUGCCUCAUGAGUGGAGUAUUGUUCAGCUUGCUUGGUUGCCGAAACCUAACAAGACUCCAACUUGCCCGGAGCAUCUGCGUUCCAUAGGCCUACUCUCUGCAGAUAGCAAGGGCUUUCUUCUCAUCCUGAGACGGGAGAUCACCCCUUUCAUCCGAGAGGCGCUCACUGACGUGCCACAGUAUGCCUAUCGGCCCCAGCCUGGCACGCUGGAUGCCUCCUGCGCUCCAGUCUACAUUGCACCGAGGCUGGUGUUCCGCUUCACCUGGCAAACGUGGUUAUGCAGGCUUUGCCGUCGCUUGGAUGCUGUGCUCGGCGAUGGCUGGUCCCGUCGACAUCUCAGCAUCUUCGCAGACGACACUCAUGGCAGCUGGAUCAUUCGGAAUGAGCGAGAACUUUGUGAUUCCGUACAGCAUCUUCGAGUGCUUAUUGACACUCUAGAAUCGAUGGGUCUGCAAAUCAACUACACCAAGUCCCAGAUUGUCAUCCAACUUCGAGGUCAGCUUGUUGCCAAGAUGCAGAAGAAAUUCUUCAAGCAGAGGCAUGGUGUGCAGUGUCUACGCAUUCAGGCUGAUCAAGACAUUUAUCUGCCAUGCGUGGAUAGACUGGACUACUUGGGAACCGUUCUCUCGUACUCUGGCUUUGAGUCCCAAACCGUGCAGCUUCGUGCCCAAAAAGCAGAUAAUGCCUUCAGGCAACUUCGCAAACCCCUGCGGUCGCGCAGCGCGCUCUCUACAGGCCACAGAGUGCGACUCUAUCGGGCCAUUGUCCUUAGCUCCCUUGUUUACGGUCUGGUUGGUGUGGGGGUGACGGUUGAGGUUGUUCGAAAGGUUUCCUCGACAGUGGCUGGACACAUGCGUAAGAUUCUCCGCAUCUACGAGCAUGGCAUCUCAAAUGCUGAAGUACUUCGACGCGCAUGCAUUGAUCCCAUUGCCAUUCUCCUCACAGGUGUACAACGCCUUGGUCGAUCCAUCACGCUGGAUUGCUUCCGGAGCCAGGGCCUCAAGCAGAGGGAGAUGCAUCGAGUACGUGAAAUCUUGGAGCAGCUUUCCGCGCAUGCAGCACAGCCGGAGGGAACGCACAUCCUGUAUGUACGCAAGGCCGAGGUCGGUGAGAUUGCAUGUCCCGAAUGUGGCACAUACUUUGGUACACGUGAAGGUCUGUCGCAACACAUCAAGAAGAAACAUCCGGACAUUGCGCAUCGAUCUAAGCUUGUCUUUGACAGGGAGAGCCACACCCUGUUUGGCAUUCCCAUGUGUCGCUUUUGUCACUUACGUCUACACGACUGGUCGUCCAUCACCAAACAUAUUCAGGAUGGCCAUUGCAGUUGGGUGAAGGAGAAGAUUGCGGAGGGACAUGCCUCAAUUGAGCUAUUACAACUUAUCGAGGCCCGUGAAACUCGUCAUUCGCCCUAA